AUGGAUGUCACCGUCAAGAAUGGAAUAUAUCGUUUUAAAAAUGUUAAAGAAAGUACAAAUAAAGCGCAGAGCUUUACUAAUCGGCUUUAUGAAUGUCUUUCUUCAAUAAACUUUACUUCUAUCAAUUCAUUUUAUAAUCAAAUAUUGACAUUUUUGGCAGCAACUGCCUUCAUUCUUGUAUUUUUGCUAAUCUGGGUUGUUUUCUGGAGUGUGUUUAAAGACUUUGCUUUUGGAACCCUUCAAGAAAAAUAUUGGAUGUUUCAUGUAUUUUGUGCUAUUUUUGUCCUUUCCGUUGUUCUCUUUUUUUAUUUUAGUAUUCUACUAAACCUUCCAUUUUUUCGCCCUACCAAUUCAUCCAAUAAGCCUUUAAUAACCUCAAUUCACACAAUAAUCACAAUUUUUUGGUUAAUUUUAUCGACUAUAUUAGCCCUCGUUUUACUCUCAAUUUCGUUCUAUUUAAUUUUUAAAUUUAUUAUUUUUGACAAUUAUUUUUCUGAAAACAAAUUUACUCAAAAUAAAUUUGUUAAUUCUCUUUUUGCUUUUCUUGGGGUAGCCCUGCUUCUUUUAUUUUAUUUUUCUUUGUUGCGUAUAAUGCUUAUUAAUUUGAACUUGGAUAGAGGUCUGUAUUGAUAUGAUGCUUAUUACUGUAAAUGGUCGAAUAGAACCACUUUCGGAGUAUACCGAAACAUUAAAAAACCGAAAGACGAAACGCCAAAAUUCGAAAUUUCGCCGACACACCCCUUGUGUGUCUCUAUUAGAGAGUGUACUUAUGUUGGAAGGUGUGAUUCUAUUAGAGCAUUUACGGUAUGUUUAUUGCGGUAAUAAGUACCGUUUAUUGCUGUCAGCCUCAAAUUUAAAUAUCCUUGGGAUCCAAUUAUUAAUUGCUGUCUGACUCAAAUUUAAAUAUUGCCUUGG